GAACUUAGUGCGAACGAUUCAAUACAACUCUAUUUCAAAAUAGCUGGCAACAAAACAAGCGUCUUUCUAUCUGAGAGGCCGCCAAAACGAGAAGAAAGAAAUUUACUUAAAAGUUGUGUUUUCUGCAAGACAAUGGAUAAAGAUAUGCUAAAAGAAAAGCGCUCGUUUCUAAUGCCACGAGAUCCAAGCGUGGAUCGUCGUUUCCGACCUCGUCCAAACAAAAAGCAGCGGUUGUUUGACGAGGUAAUUCCGGAAUUUAGCGACAGUUCGACGGACUGUUCGGACACAGAAUCGGAAUACGCGACAACAAACGGCGACGAUGAUGCCUACAUGACAGAUAGCAGUGAGGUGGAGACAGGUCCCCAAGUCUUUCUGCGUAUGCGACCUGUGGAGUCGCCCUCCAAGCUAUAUUGCAUCUCGGAUGCCGGAAAUACACUGAUUACAUGUGCAGCCACCAAUGAAAACAAUAGCAACAACAGCAAUCGCAUGGAGAAGCACUUUAGUUUCUCCACAAUAUUGGAUAGCUCCGUGGGACAACGCGAUGUCUACGACAUAUGCGUGGGACCCCGGAUAGUGGAUGAGGAAUGCGUUACUAUCAUGGCAUAUGGCACAUCUGGAUCGGGCAAAACCUACACCCUGCUUGGCGACAAUGCGAGAGCUGGAGUUUUACCGCGCGCUCUGGAAAACAUUUUCACAAUGUACCAUAAACAAAUCUACUCUACGCCCAAGCUGAAGCUGAUCAAUGCACGCAUGCUGAUAUUGGAGGACGAGAAGGCCAUUAAAGAGUUGCAAAUCCGCAAAGAGCUGCUGGCGUUAUGUCCCGACAUAAGUGCACAGUAUCAUCGACUGCAUCAUGCGAUCAAAGGGGAUCAUAACUUUGUUGAGAUGGAAGAGACAGAUGUGUCUGUGAUGAUAUGGGUGUCAUUUGUGGAAAUCUAUAACGAGCUCGUUUACGACCUGUUAACCAUGCCACCGAAGCAGGCAACUAUGGCCGAACCACGACGCAAGACCCUCAAAAUCGUAUGCAACAAGGGUCAGGUGUUCAUCAAGGGAUUGACCAGUGUAUUUGUGAAAAGCGGAGAAGAUGCGAUCAAGCUGCUUAGACUGGGACAGCAACGAAUCAGCUAUGCAGCAACGUCAGUGAAUGCCAACUCGAGUCGAUCCCAUUGUGUGUUCACAGUGGAUGUGCUCAAGUACCAUCGAACGGGUAUGACCACACACAGCUCCUACAAGUUCUGUGAUCUUGCCGGUUCUGAACGGGUGGAUAAGACGGGUACGGUCGGAUCACGAUUAAGGGAGGCGCAAAGCAUUAACACAUCCCUGAUGGUGCUGGGACGUUGCAUGGAUGCGGCGAGCUCAUCAAAGAAACGAAACAAUACAGAUGUUAUACCGUAUCGCGACUCCAAGCUAACACUGCUACUGCAAGCGGCUUUAUUGGGCAAGGAGAGAUUGGCCAUGAUAGUGACGGUAACGCCUCUGGACAAGUUCUAUGAAGAGAACCUCAACGUGUUGAGCUUUGCGUCCAUAGCAAAGAACAUAAUCUUCAAGCAGCCGCUGGUAAAACAGCACAAUACGCGAUAUUCGGCCUUUGCCCAGAUCGAUCAGAACUCAACAAACCGGUCGCAGGAUUACGUUGAUGAACUGGAGCGCCAGAUUAUCAGUCUGCGUGCCGAAAACGAGCAAUUAAAAUUGAAUCAUGUACAUCAGAUGCAGCUGCAGGAGGAGAAAUUGCGCAGGGAACUAACCGAUGGAUUCGGAUCGAGCAUAGAUUUGAUCAAGAAACAGGCCGAGCUGCGGAAUGAGAACCUGCUACUCAUACAGCGGCGAGAAUUUGAGGCAAAGAUUGAAUCCCUUAAGCGUCAGUACGACGAGCAGAUCGAGGACUUGCAGGAUGAAAUUGAGGAGCUCAAAUCAGCGAAUAGCGAUAUCGAAGUAAUCGAUGAUGAUUAAUAUUUUACCCAUGUCUACAUAUAUUCCAUAUGUUUGUUUUUAAGUUUCAAAUUUCUGUUAUGUUAAGAAGGAAGGAAAAUAAGAAUAUUUGUUUCAAUUUUAAACACUUUUUGCAAAAGCA